AUGAGAGAGAUUGCCGGGCCCCUCGAAGGAACGCCAUGGAUUAUUGGCGGUGACUUCAACACCAUCCUAUCACACCGAGACAGAAUUGGGAGCGACACCAGCCGGCAUGCCGAGAUGGUCGAUUUUGCGGAGGCAAUUGAAGACUGCAGACUGCUUGACCCCGGGUUCGAUGGAGUGGAGUUUACAUGGGCCAAAAACGGCCUCUUUGAAAGACUGGAUAGAGUGCUUGUGAGCGAGGCAUGGACUAGGGUCUUUGAGGCUACUCGGGUCACAAAUCUCCCACGGAUCGCAUCGGACCACGGCCCAGUUCUAGCACGGUGCAAGACUCCAAACACCACUAAUGGAGGCAAGGCUUUCAGGUUCCAGAAUAUGUGGAUCCGACAUGGGAGAUUUAUGGAUGUUGUGCAAAAAGCGUGGGAGGAGCCCACGGGAGCGAGUGGUCUCCUAAACAUCCAAAUCAAACAUGCUAGAGUUAAGAGAGCUCUAAAAGAGUGGAACAAAGAGGUUUUCGGGAACAUCCAUGCUAAUCUCAAGAACAAGGAGGAAGCUAUUGCCUGGGUCAAUCCAAUUUCGAGGCAAGGCCUACUCCCGUGA